CCCCCGCCGCCCCCUUUCCCCUUCUGCCUCGCUCCGCUCCUUCUUUCUGGAUUUUACCGGCUGUUCGUGAAACAGCUUCACACGCGGUGGAUCUCCGUGUUCUUGGGCUGGAAGUGCUUAACGGGCUGAUAUGGCAGACUUCGCUCCCCGACAAAACUAAAGAGCUCUCGUCUUCAUGGAGGUGAACACGAAGGAUGAUUUGCACAUGAACCUGCCGUGACCUCUGACUGCUGCACAGAGAGAGAAGGGAGCCAGCAUGAAGCACCAGGUGGCGUCCACGUUAAUUCCCAUUUUGCUACUUUUUCUCAGCAUCGACCUCCUGAGAGGACAGUCACCUCCUGGAAAACCGGAGAUCACUAAAUGUCGCUCCAACGAAAAGGAAACCUUCUCGUGUUGGUGGAAGCCUGGGCUGGACGGAGGGCUCCCUACCAACUACACGCUGACCUACCACAAGGAAGGAGAUUCAGUCAUCUCUGAAUGUCCAGACUACAAGACCAGCGGCCCCAACUCCUGCUACUUUAACAAGAAGCACACCUCCAUUUGGACAGUGUACGUCAUCACAGUAAAUGCCACAAACCAGAUGGGAAGCAGCGUCUCCAACCCACAUUAUGUGGACGUGGCCUACGUAGUUGAACCAGAACCUCCCAUGAACCUGACUUUGAAGAUAAAACAUCCAGAAGACCAAAAACCGUAUCUGUGGAUAAAAUGGUCUUCACCCAGCCUGAUUGACAUAAGCUCUGGUUGGCUCACACUUCAGUACGAAAUUCGACUGAAGCCCGAGAAAGCAGCGGAGUGGGAGACUCAUUUCGCUGGGCAGCAAACGCAGUUCAAGAUUUUCAGCUUAUAUCCAGGAGAGAAAUACCUCGUCCAGGUUCGCUGCAAGCCCGACCAUGGAUUCUGGAGUAAGUGGGGCCCAGAGAACUCCAUCCAGAUACCUAAUGAUGUCACCAAUACAGAUACCACCGUGUGGAUCUUUGUGGCUGUUCUUUCUGUUGUCGUCUGUUUGAUUAUGGUCUGGGCAGUGGCUUUGAAGGGCUAUAGCAUGAUGACCUGCAUCUUCCCACCGGUUCCUGGGCCAAAAAUAAAAGGAUUUGAUACUCAUCUGCUGGAGAAGGGCAAGUCUGAAGAACUCCUGAGUGCCCUGGGAUGCCAAGACUUCCCUUCCGACUGCGAGGACUUGCUGGUGGAGCUUUUAGAAGUCGUUGACAGUGAGAACCAGCAGCUGAUGUCAGCCAACUCGAAAGAACACUUGGACCAGGGUGUGACGAAGUCCAAACACCUGGCUCCCCACAGGGAUUCUGGCCUGGGCAGUUGUGACAGCUCUUCACUCUUGUCCGAAAAGUAUAAGGAGCCCCAGGAGAACCCAUCUGCGUCCCACACUCCUGAGGGCAUCAAGAAACCAGAGAGCUCUGAAACAAAUGGCACCCACGCCUGGGGCUCUCAGAACAUGGGCUUGGGAAGCCAAACCCCCUAUUCCUAUGCCAGUGGACCCCCAUCUUCAACAAGGCCUUCAUCGCAGCUGCCCAGCCUGCAGGACGCCACGGCUUCUUACCACAACAUUGCUGAUGUGUGUAAGCUGGCCAUGGGCACCCCAGGCAUGCUGGCCACUUCGCUGGACAACACAGAACAUCGUGCUUUACAACCCUUGGAAACCGCUGAGACUGGAGGGGAGAAAAAGGCGGCAGAGCAGAGCGAGGUGGAAAGCUUUCAUUCUGAGACUGAUCCAGACCCCCCACUGCAGCUGGUCCCCUUUAUCUCCGCGAAACCCUUGGAUUACGUGGCGAUUCACAAGAUCAGCAAAGAUGGAGCAUUAUCAUUGCUCCCCAAAAGAGACAACAGCGACCAGACCGAGAAGUCCGGGGCCCUUCCCCCCAGUCAGGAGUACACUAAGGUGUCCAGGGUGAUAGAUGACAGAAUCCUGGUGUUCGUGCAGGAUCCGGGCGCUCCAAACCCAGCUUCCUCUGAAGAGCUGGUCGAGGAACCUCCGCCGUCCUUGCAAGAGAAUCAAGGCGAGAAAGACGUGGCCUCCUACACCAGGGUACCAAGCAGCUUUGGUCUGCAGCUGGCGGGGUCCGAGUACCUGGACCCCAUGUGCUUAAAGCGCUCUUUUCAGUGAUGGCUUCAUUAAUGGGAUGAUUGGUUAAAAUGUGAUUUUUUCCUUCAGGUAAUACUACAGCAUCCAUGCUGUGUCCUCUGCUAGAGAAAGUUCGAGAAUGGGGUGAGGAUGACACAGCUAAAGACCCACGGCUCACUCCUUCCCACGCUCCGCAUUCAACCGGUUGCCUCUUUCCCCAACAGCUGAUCCCAGAACAGAGCCUUUUGUUUCCUGUGAUUUACAGAUUUACUUUUUGCUGUUAGUUAUAAAACUGCAUGUUCCACGGCAUAACAGCACGCUGCUUAGUAAUCUCGAGGGGCAGUGCCAACAGGUGUGGGCCCUGGGGAAGGCGUUCACGGUGCAGUACGUGACAGGGGCAGCUGAAAGGGUCCAGCUAGAGCAGUAGCGCAGGAAGGCGAUAGACGAGGGCAUCGCUGUGAAAACCGCUUCUGGAAACCAACUGCCUCGCCUCUGCCCGCCUCUUUCAUUGGGUUAUUAGGAUCAAUCAAACACAACACGUUUCUAGAAAGGAUGCGUUCCGGAACACCUCACAGAACUGUUUACAUCCCUUCCUGUUAUUACCUUAGUGACCAAUUGCUGACACGCAGGUUAAAAUUAUGCCUCCCGUUUUUUCUCAAGUGAUUGAAUUUGUCAAGCACGGAUUACCCCCAUCCCUUGGUAUGUUAUUCUAAAACCUCUAGGGACUAUAAUUUCGGAGAGUGAAAUUUCCUUACCCAAGAGGCAAACGAGUGUGAUGCGGUGAAUCCUCCUAAAAUGUUUUCCUGUUUCAUUUCAGUAGGAUAGACAAUGCAUCAUAUACCCUAGUCUUCUCUUAGUGAAAAAAAAAAUCCCCCAAGCUAACUUUAAUUUAAAGGACAAUCACAGCAGCACGCUCAGUACAUAGAUACUGCCUUACUGUACAUAAAAAUCUACUUUAAUACGAACCCAGACACUCGACAAUGUAUUUUUGAAGACUAUUUUUCUAUCACUUAGGCAAAAUAAAAGAGUAUUUUCUAUCUUCCCAGCA